AAUUAGUCCGUCUUGGGUCCCCGAACGUGCUGUUCUCAAUUUCGUCAAGGGGGAACUUGGCGACAAGGUUCUCCCACAAUUCUUUGGCCUUGCAGAAUGCGUACAAUAGCAGCGCGAUUCAGCCCUUAUCUAUGGAGGAGAACGCCUAUAAAUUUACAACCCCGACGUUUUUCUACUCCCAGCUUUGGGAGAGAUGAACAGUCAAUAGAACAAGAAGCUGAAAGAAAAGUAGGGUGGCUGUUAAAAUUAAUUUUUGCUGGGACUGCUACAGUUAUUGGGUAUCAAACUUUCCCAUACAUGGGAGACAAUCUGAUCCAACAAUCUGUCUCACUUCUACAAGUCAAGGAUCCCUUAUUUAAAAGAAUGGGUGCGUCCAGAUUAGCUCGUUUUGCUAUAGAUGAUGAAAGAAGGAUGAAAAUUGUUGAGAUUGGUGGGGCUCAACAGCUUUUGAACAUGUUAGAGUGUGCCAGAGAUGAUCGCACGAGGAAGGAAGCCUUGAAGGCUCUUUUUGCAAUAUCAAAAUCAGAUGAGGCUGCUGUGGUCUUACAUCAAGCUGGAGCCAUGUCAAUCAUCAAGUCCACCCUCGAGUCUGCUGAGGAUGCUGAAGUUGGGAAAUACAAGUCAAAUUUGCUGAGUCGAUUUCAAGAUUUGUCAUAUGAUAUUAGGUCUUGAGAUUACUAUUAUCUGGUCUGAGAUUCCAAUCACUUUCUUAGAAGUUGGCCAUAACGCCUUUAGGUAGAUGUUUUAUUUGAUUGCUGACCUUUUAGAAAAAAAAAAUCUGAAGAAAGUUGAGAGAAUCCAUUUAUCUUCUCAAAAGAAGGAAAGUUGAGAGAAUCCUUUCUGUUGUAAAAAAAAAAGGACUGUUGAGAAAAUCCUUACAUGGGUAAAUCAUGUUACAUGUCCACUAGAAAGCCAUGGUUAUGCUAAGUGAAAGCUCCCUUGUUUAAUGGGAUCUUAAAAAUGGUAGCAAGUGAGUUAAGAAGUUGUAAUGUUGUAAAUUCUACAAGAGGCAUCAGAAUGGAAAAAUAACCCAAUGCAAAAAAUUUCCAUUGGCGCACAACUAUGCAACUACACUCUCCAACUGAGAGAGUCCUACAACUUGUGUUCUCGGGGAUGAUACUUUUGGCUUCCCUAAUUAUGUUGUGGGAGUCGGAUUAUGAAUGAAAGAAAACGAACACUCGUUGGCUUUGUUUCUUCAAA